ACAUAAAUAGCGGCCUAGUUCAACUUCCCAGGAUCCCUCCACCUUAAGCUUUUACCCUUACCUAUCGCAUCAUGGUUUCCGUUGACCCCAUUCUCGAAGAUGCCUCAGAGGAUGGCACUGCCAUUUCCGAAGAUGAAGCAGCCGCCGAAAAGGCUAUGGAAGAGCUCAAGAAGAGGACUGAAUUACAAUGCGAGCACUACCUUCAACGCCACCUCCUCUACGAAGGUUAUCGUUGGGUUCCCUACGAUCCGAGCACCUACGUGAAGCCCAAGACGGAAAGAGAGGAUCUGAACAAUUAUUUCUAUGUGAACGUCAGAUAUGAUCGGAAAGGAGCUGAUCCUUCCAUCGCCUUGUCUCAUUGGAGCAAAACCCUUCUCUCAAUUCUGAGAAAGCUCAUUGGAAGUGAGUUUUUCAGUCGGGAACCGCAUUACAAAGUCGUGGCGUUCUUCCCGGACCUGAAGAUGCUCAGAGAGAAAUUGAACUCUGCCAAGUCCGUGUUAUCCUCGGAAGCGGAUUCUACGCAAGAAGGCAUUCUGGAUCUUUUGAAAAGCUUGGGUACCUGUGAUCUGGACGAAAAGAUUUCUAAAUCCGACACAUUACUGCGACUGGCUGAUAUCGCCGAACACCUUGUUGUGUUGGUGGGGUAUGUUGAGGAACAAUUCCGACCAACGGCUUACCGUCUACAGCUAGUUACAGGCUACGGACAUAUCGAAUUCGAUCUACUCCAAUACUUCUUCGAACCCGGGCAGCACGUUUCCAUAUUGGGCUCUGAUGAUCUACCAAUUGCCUUGGUGAUCAAAAAGAGACGUUACGAUACGAUAAAUAACCGCCGAAUCUUCUGCGUUUCAGGUUAUGGGUUGUAUUGGAAUGGCUAUGCGUACGAGCGUAGAAAAUUAGAGUGUGCCAUCGAAUCGUUUGAAGGAACGCGAGAAGCUUCUUCUCUGCCGAUCAUCCAUCUCACUCCGUCGCUGAAGGAGAAGCUAACUAAGCGAGGUCGCCUUUAUGCUAGUUAUUCAGGACUGCACUAUAAAAUAUAUCGAGGGAAACGAGUCAUCGUCGAUGUACUUGCCUACGACGAUCAGUCGGGUUACAUACGUGAUCCUAACCAGAAGAUCCCUGAUAUCGAUGAAGAGGAUCUCCACCUCCUGCCCACUAAAGUAUAUGGAUUCAAUUUAGGAACCAAAGAGUGGACCCGCUUUCUGGUCGAGCAUCUAGAACCAGUCGUGUUUGAUGAGAAUGCCUGGGAUCAUCUGGUCCUUGAUAAAAAUGUUAAAACUUUGAUCAAGGGACUCGUCGAAGUGACAAAAAAUUCCAAUUCUUCUUCCAAGAUCAUCAGCGAUGUUAUAUCUGGUAAAGGAGGUGGUUUGAUUUCUGUCCUUCAUGGCCCACCCGGAACAGGCAAAACAUUGACGGCCGAGGCUGUUGCCGAGCUUCUUCGUCGCCCGUUGUACAUGGUGGGAUCUUCUGAGCUUCCAUCAUCACCAUCUGGCCUGGAGCGUAGUCUCAAGAGUAUUCUGAGUUUGGCUACAGCCUGGGACGCCGUUCUCUUGAUUGACGAGGCUGAUGUUUAUUUGGAACAGCGGAGCCUUCAUGAACUGGGACGCAAUGCUCUCGUCUCUGUUGCCCUCCGUAUUCUUGAGUAUCAUCGUGGUGUACUCUUCUUGACCACAAAUCGUAUCAGCACAUUCGAUGAAGCAUUUCUUUCCCGAUUCUCGAUAGCUAUCAAGUAUAAAGAGCUAGACUGCACAGGAAGAUAUGUUGUCUGGCGCAAAUUCUUUGAAAUGGCUGGGUCCACCAUCGUUGAGGAUGGAACGGUUUCUGUAGAGAAGGGAACAAGCAGCGUCUCCCAAGUUGACCUCGAAACACUGUCCCAGAAGAAUUUUAAUGGACGAACCAUUAAGAAUAUUAUCCGAACUGCUCAAGCUUUGGCGCUCUCAGACAAACAACCGCUUGGCAUCAAGCAUGUUCAGGUAGUACUGCAAGCCCAAGAAAAGUUCCUGGACGACUUUUCGACUGUAAAUAGAUCAGUCAAGCCGUAGUGUGGCUUUGAUUGUACACGGAUACAUUUCCCUUUCUGAUAUUUCCCUCGCAUUGGACAAUGGAAAGUGCACAUACAUGUUUCAACCAAUUGCCUUUACAUGUGUAUUGAUAU